GGGUUGAAAGACUAAAACACGAAAGGCAUGGAAUCUCGGUGGGUGCAGCGAUCGGACUAAGAAAGCAGGAAAGGAGACAUUGCGAGAUGCCCCGGCGAAUGACGUUCUGGGCGGAUAGACCUCGUGGGAUCCUGCCACCAAGAAUAUCACAGGGCAGCGUCGAAAUAAGCCCGCCGGCAAGAAAUACGGUAGGCAAUCCGGUAAUGGACUGGGUGGGGGUAGAGUUGGUGGAAGAUACGGUGUACCUAGUAGUGAAGCUGGAAUGGCGGGCGAGAGGGGAGUUCCGGGGAGUAGACUUGAACCGCCCAGGACGUGUACAUGCGACGGGAUCCUUACACCUGUCGGACGAGGGAUGGCGGACCUUUGGGAUUGCUUUGGCUUCCGGGGAUGACCCCGUGCGAAUGUUCGAAGGGGCAUGGCAAGCGACGUGGCAGGAGGGGUUUGAGUUUGCAGAUCCGGAACGAGAUGACGUAACGGCGGAGGUAAAAGUCACCGCGGCAGGGGUUUUUGAGCUGCCAAAUGAGGUCGUACGGAUGAAACUAGGCAAAAUGGCAACGGAGGAGGAGACAGAUAACUGUAAGAGUGAAGGAGAACCAGGCUUAGAAGGCAGUCCCGCGCCAAGCGAAGGGGGGCAGAAGGACAGAGAAUCAAUAAAUCCGGAUGGUACUAAAGGGAACCGGAAGGAAAUCUCCACAGGAGAAAGCUCGGGGAAAGCCGGGGGAAGCAGGCAAGGGACCCAGGGGACCAAGGAAGGCAGAAAUAAGGAUAGGACAAGCCCCCGAAACUCGGAAGGAGCCAUGCCUAAAAAAGUAAGGGUCACAGACACGAGGCGCAAACUAGCCGAGAUAGACAAGAGAACCGCGGAAUACAAGGCAAGACUAAUUGAGGAAAUGAUGACUAGGAACGAAGAAGGUCGUCUGCAGGAGGUAACCCGGGACGAACGGAAAGCCAGCCAAGGUGGGACUGGACAAGGGGAUAAAGGUAGUGACCGUGGGGGAACGCCGAGCAAGAGAAGGAAAGAGAGAGGAAACUCUUCGAGGAUGGAAGCAGAAAAGGCUACGACUCCGCCAGCCAUGGACAGUAGGGCUAGCCGUCUGCCGAUCACGCCAGCAGUAGCGCAAGGAUGCGAAGGACUUUGGAGCCUUAGGGAAAGAGUGUUGGGAUGGUUUGACCCGGAACGAACUAUGAAAACCAGGGAGGGACAGAAGACCAGCAAAGAAAGUCCGGAUAACAGUGUGGCAGGCGAGGCCAACAACUCCAAGGGCGGCCUUAAGAAGAUAGUGUCGUCCCUCGCGCGAGCACUAAACAAAAAUCAAGGCUAUCUGACAGACGCCAAGAAAAAGCUGACUUUCGAUGGAGCAAACAUCACGGAGUUCCUGAUCGACUACGAGAACGUAGCUGCGUUACUAAAGUGGACCGAGGAGGAAAAGAUGGACCAUCUAGGACAACAUGUGUCGUUAAGUCUAAGACGGGAUAUAAUGGUCAUUGUAGCCGCAAGCCGGUCUUGGAAGGAGACCCGGGAUGUGAUGAUGAGGAAGUACCUAGCGGCAGAAAAAAUGGCAACGGGGGUCGACCUAGCGACAGUUCAGAGGAAGAACUUCGCAACCACGGUAACGGAUCUGGCUGAGAAAACGGUAGUAACGGAGACGUUGGCCUUGCUCAAGGAAGGAGAGAUCAUAGAUCUGACCGGUAGGACGGGCAACAAGGUAAAGAAGGGGAUUGAAAGUCUACAUGAACGGGUGCACGGGGUCAACAAUAAGAUUGAAAGGAUGGAAGGCGCGCUACUGGUUAUGCAAGCGCAAGUAUCCCGACCUGCCCUCCCUCCCCAGGAAGCUGUGGUCCCGCCAGGUGUACCAAACCGGGGAUUCGGACGGAGAGAUCCUGCUAACGAGCAAUGCAAGUACUGCACCGCGAUAGGACAUUAUGUGCGCGCAUGCCCAAAGCUCAACCAUGAUAUUCUGAAAAGAAGGUGUACCAGGUCAUUAAAGGGGGAGAUAUUUGGACCACAAGGGGAACGGGUGAACUGGAAUUCACCAGGAGGGAUGCGGCGAGUCAUUAUCAUGCUCAACGGGUUAGAAAUAACCGUCGUAGAAGCGCAACCAGUGGGUGAGAUCAUCUGGGAUCAACUCCGGGGGCGCGGACCGCAGGCCAACUUUAUUUUGGAAAGCGACGGACGUGAUAGGGUGAACGCAACCACUCGACUGGGAACGGCCGGGAGAAGGAUUAACCGUGACACCAUUAUGGAGGAGGUCGCUGGAAGCUCCGAACCCCAGGCAGAGCCUGAGGCCGAGGAACCAGAGAAAGUCUAUGAGAAGCCUAGGGAAGAGGAGCCUGCGGACAAGGAUACCUCCGCUAAGAAGAAGUUUAGGUAUCAAAUCCCGAUCUUAACCUUGUCGGAGCUCGACGACACCAUUAGCAAGUUACUAGGAACCAUGGUGUCGGUGUCUUUUCAGACCAUGUUGCAGGCUAGCCUUAGGUUGCUCAAAAGGCUCAGACAACUGUUGACUCGGAGGCGAGUAGAAAUAGGCGACAACCCCGAAUUACUAGAAGGGGAGAGGGAGGAGGAAGCUCCGCAAGAAGUGGCUAACCUUCAGAGGAGUCAAGGAGACUUGGAGGAUAUCGAAAAGGCCUUUGCAGACAUUCGUUUGAGCUUGCCCGACCGAGAGGGUGGCGAAGUCAUGAGAUUGCCACCCGGGACGAAGCUUAGCUUUCAUGCGCUGCCCGUAGGGAAACUGAAAAUCCACAUCGGGAGUCAUCAUACUGACGCAUUAGAAGCCGGAUCCAGCAAAGACCGACAAGAUAUCACAGUGGCCGACACCGCUGCGCACGACAAUGGAGGGAUGGAGGAUGCAGAGCCCAUAGACGCCUUCCUCGAAUACGAAGGAGGAACUCUUGCGGUAGACAACAAAAUGAUGAGCGAAGAAUGCACAUCGGGAGAACUAUUGAUCCAGACUUUGGAGAAAGGGGCACCUGUCGUAGUAGCAGAACUUAGAGAAGGACCAGUUACCACUCGAGGACGCAGAGAAGAACAUGACUCAUGGGGAGCGAUGGUAGGACCGAAAGAGGAACUAAUGGCCAUGGCGGUCGAAGGAGGCCAGGAAGCAGUGAUGAGCUUAGUGGAAUCUUGGAAAAGGAAAAAGUUGCAAUGGGUGGUAAACCAGAUGCAGGAAGGAAAGGAUGGGGGCCAGGAAGGGGAGGAGUUUUUCUAUGUCCAAUUAUACGAAGGGCUCUUUCGGGAGAUCGGACUGUUGUUAGUAGGAAACAAACAACCUACGGAAGUCAGUAUUAAAGCAAGAGAAGAAGCCGAAAGGUACGUCCUAAGGGGCGGGCAUUUGUUCCGAAGGGAGGAAGGUGCUAUGCCCAGAAGGGUUGUGUGCGGAAGACCUAGGCAAGUAGACGUUAUCCAGGCAAUGCACGACGGGUUAGCUGGAGGUCAUCGGUCGUCCAAAGGAACACUUGCAAAGAUAACGUCGCUUUAUUAUUGGUCAGGCAUGGCAGACAUGGUCGCUAUAUACUGCCAGACUUGCCUUAUUUGCCAAGAACGAAGCUCGGUACAAGUCUUCGAGCCGCUUAGACCAACACGGGUGCUAGGGUCAGGACAUCUGGUCCACCUCGACCUUGCGGUCAUGCUUGUAUCAACGGAUGGGUACAGGUAUAUCCUGGAUGCACGAGACAACUUGAGUGGGUUCGUGGAGAAAGUCGCCCUCAAGAAAAAGACAGGGAGGAGUGUGACGAACUGGAUAGAAGACUUCUACUUAAGGCAUCCGUUCGUAAGGAGGUUUAUAGCAGACAAUGAGACGGAAUUUGUGAACCAAGAAGUAUUGGGGAUGCUUAAGAGACUAUGCGUACCAAUCAAACUCAUCGAGCCGUAUCACCCUGAGGCCAAUGCACCUGUGGAAAGGGGGCACCGAACCUUGAAGAACACGAUUGCAAAGCUCGCAGCAGACCAUCUGGGGAACUGGCCUAGAUAUCUUAAGCAGGUUGUCUUUGCAGAGAAUAUGACUCCUAAAAGGACAACAGGAUGUAUCCCGGCAGAGCUUUGGUACGGAAGAGAGAUCGACUUUCCUGUGGAAGCCUUGGUACCUACCUGGAAUAGGUUAGAUGAUGAUCUGCAAAUGACCACUGAAGAGUUAAUCGAGGCAAGAUGUCAACAAAUCCUUAAGAAUGAGAAGGUCAUGAAAGACAUCGCCAGCCGGGUGCUGGACAGCAGAAUGAGGGACAAAGCAAGGUGGGACCAGGUUAAGAAUAUCAGAAAGGAACCACUUCAGGUGGGGGAGAUGGUAUUGCUAAGGAACUCGGCACUAGAAAGUACUUGGUCGGGACAGUUGGGAAGGAGGUUCAAAGGCCCCUACCGGGUCGCCAAGCGGGUGGGACUGAACACCUUCAAACUGGAAGAUUUGGAUGAAACUGGAUUGAAAGGGCCCUUCCCGGGGCAACGGCUGAUCAGGUUUCUAAGUCGAGACCCAGUGGAACAAUGGCUUCAGGAGGCCGAAGAUAAGGAAAUAGAGGAGCCACAAGCUAAAGACUGACCACAACCUUGCCCACACUAUGGUUUGUCUCUGACCAUGUUCGUGGGACUGUCAUUUUUUUUUUGGGACUGGCGCUUUGGCUUGGACUGA